AUGCUCCAGAAUCAUCUACCCACUCUUUCCUCCCGUACCACUCCGCGCGCAGAAUGCCUCUCCAGCGUCGAGGGACGAGAGACCGAAAAAUCAGAUCGACCAUCGCUAGAUAGAGAUCUCGAACAAGAGGCAGCCGAUCUGGAUGGCGCUGAAGCAGUCCAGCCCGAGAAAUCCAGAGAUGCCUUCCUGGUGGAAUGGGAUGGAGCGGACGACCCUGAAAACCCCCAGAAUAUGCCGCCCUGGAGGAAAUGGCUCAUCACCAUGACCAUGUCGUCCAUGACCAUGUGGAUUACCUUCGCCAGCAGUGUCUUUUCAACGGCCACCCGUGUGACUGCGGAGGAAUUCCACGUCUCGACUGAGGUCAUGACCCUCGCGACCAGCUUGGUGGUUUUCGGAUUCGCCGUGGGCCCUCUGAUCUGGUCGCCCUUGUCGGAGCUGUAUGGGCGGAAACUGCCCCUGUUCACGGGGUAUGCCAUGUUCGCGGUCUUUCAGAUCUCCGUGGCGGUGGCUAAGAAUGUCCAGACGAUCAUGGUGUGUCGGUUUCUGAUCGGGCUCCUGGGCUGCUCGCCUCUGGCGGUGGUGGGAGGUGCCCUGGCCGACUUUUGGAAUCCGGUGGAUCGGGCAGUGGCCAUUGCCAUGUUCUCUGCUGCGACUUUUGUCGGACCUGUAUUGGGUCCCAUUAUUGGAGGAUUCCUCACGGAUUCCGAUCUUGGCUGGCGCUGGACCGCCUGGAUUACCCUGAUUGCCGCCAGUUCCUUCGGCACCAUCGCCUGGUUUGUCGUCCCCGAAACCUAUCAUCCAGUGCUGUUGCAAAAGCGCGCGGCUCGACUGCGUUCCGAGACCGGGAAUAACGCCUACCAUGCUUUCCUCGAUGACCAUCGCCCCACGGCCGGGGAUAUCGUCCGCAAAUACCUCCUGCGGCCGAUCCACAUGCUCUUCCUCGAGCCCAUUCUGAUCCUCAUCACCAUCUACCUGGCCCUGGUAUACGGCAUCCUGUACCUCUUCUUCGAGGCGUACCCGAUUUCCUUCCAGGAGGUCCGGGGCUGGAAGAGCGAGGGGAUCGCCGGCCUGCCCUUCCUAGGGAUCAUGCUGGGAGUGUUCUGCGGAAUGGCCCUGAUCGUGUACCAGACCAAAACACGGUUCGCUCGCCAACUGGCCAAAACCGGCCGCGUGGUGCCCGAGGAGCGUCUCAUCCCCAUGAUGAUCGCGUCGGUUCUCCUCCCCGCCGGUCUCUUCUGGUUCGGGUGGACCUCCGAUAGGAACAUCUCCUGGGUGGCGCAGGUGUUCGCGGGCGUGCCUAUCGGAUUGGGGAUCCUGGUGAUCUUCAUGCAGGGACUCAACUACAUCAUAGACGUGUAUCUGAUGUUUGCCAACUCGGCCAUUGCUGCCAACACGCUGGUCCGCAGCGGACUCGGAGGCGCGUUUCCUCUCUUUGGCGCCCAGAUGUACCAUCGGUUGGGGGUGAAUUGGGCGUCCAGUCUGCUGGGCUUCAUUACGCUGGCGAUGAUUCCUAUCCCGAUUAUCUUCUUUAUUUAUGGCAAGAAGAUCCGCGCCAUGAGCAAGUUCUCCCCGAAGUUUUAA